AUGCUGAAGCAACUGCUUCAACGUUUCAGUUUGGGCUGUAACGAACCGUUCACUGAACAAACCAAUUUACGUGAACUGAAGCAAAUGCUACACCACCUCAUCGAAGGUAUAUUCUCUACACCGCAACCGGCAGGCGUGGCCAAACAGGGUGUGGACCCUGCUGUUGGAGUCGAGGCGCAUGAGGAUGGCGUGGUCAAACCAUCGGACGAAGUUAACCCAAUGGAGUGUAAUAUUUCAGAUGUACAAGGGGUGGAUCACCAACAACAUAUUUUGAAGGGAACCUUGGCAAGGGACAAAAGUCAUUUGCAUGAUGGGCACAAGCUGAACAUCGAAGAAGGUGGUGACAACAACAAGAAGGGAGGCCUUCAGUCAGGGGAAACAUAUGAAACUGAAGAUAAAUACAGUCCUGACCUUCAGUCAGUGGGCGUGAAGAACGUGGCGUGCGAUGUGCAUACUUCUCCUACUAAGCUUGGCAAACCAUUGGGAGCAACUGGAAUCGUUAGAAAAAGUGCAAAGGGAAGACGAAAAGGAAAAGGAAAAGGAAAAAUGUGCGGAAGUGGAGUUCAAGCCACUGAGGUCGGGGAUAUGCAAUUGUGCAUCGAUAGCAAAACAAAUAGUGGAGUUGACGACAGCAGUUCACCUGUGGAUGUUGAUGGUGUGGACAACGUGAACAAGGACUCGUUGACGAUGUUGGACAGCGAAGGGUUAUUAUUGGCGGAGGAACAAAAACUUCUUCACUAUGUAUUUGACGAUAGCAAAAAUGAAAUGGACAUUGUUGUUUCCAUGAAUCUUCAUGGACGGGCAUGUGAAGUUGGCACCCGGCGUGACAUGCGCACGCUCAAACCAGGGUCGUGGCUAUCCGACACUGUAAGUGUUGGCUGCACAAAUAUGAAUCUGCGUUUUUCAGUACCCCUAACUCAGAAACCUUUCUAA